AUGACGAAAAAAGACUCUGUGAAUUACUUGCCUGCCCUAGCAGAUGCCUACGAUCCGUUAUCCGCGGAACAAUUAGAGAUUUUAAAUCAACAGGUCAUAAGCGAAGGUGAGAUGGCCUCAGUUCAGUCAAAGUUCAAUUAUGCCUGGGGUCUCAUAAAAUCAGAUCUCAAAGAAGAACAAAAACUUGGGGUUAAAAUCCUUACUGAAGUGUUUAAAGACUCUCCACAAAGGAGAAGGGAGUGUCUAUAUUAUUUGGCCAUAGGAACGUAUAAAUUGGGAGACUACUCAGAUUCUAGAAGAUACGCCGAAGCCUUGGUUAAUCACGAGCCUGAUAAUGCGCAAGCUAUUGCCUUGAAGAGAAUGGUGGAAGACAGAAUUUCCAAAGAAAGCUUGAUUGGUGUUGGAAUUAUUGCUGGUACUGUUGCCAUUGGUGCGACCGUCUUGGCUUCUUUAUUGAGAAGAAGGCGCUAG